GUCUCCUCACCCACUCUCUGUCUCUCUCUCUCACCCGUGGAGACCUGAGGUACUCAUCAGUUCCGCUCAUAACACGGGCGCUAUGAGUCUGGGAGAAGAGCUGUGUUAUAAAGCACAUAAGAUGGAAGUGGAGGAAGACUUUUACUCGUAUGAGUUGAGUAAUGCUGAAGGUCUGCGGGUGUAUAAGGACAGCGAGGAGCUGUUCGCAGCGCUUCGGCAGAAGGAGGACGAGGUUCUUCUGGCAGCUCAGGUGGGCAACGCUCUGCUGCUGGAGAACAGACAGCUGAAGCAGGAGACAGACGCGCUUCAGCACAAAUACACGCAGCAGCUGGAGGAGCUGGAGCAGGGCAGGUACGAGCUGCGGGUCAAACUGGAGGACUGCCGGGUGCAGUGGGAGAGUCAGGUGUCCGAGCUGGAGCGAGACGUGCAGGAGCUGCAGGCGCAGGUCCAGAGGCUGAGCCAGAGUCUGAGCGAGGCGGAGAGAGAGAAGAGCAGACUGAAGCAGGAGCACAGCGGACAGAGCCACAGACUCAGAGAACAGCUGCAGAGGGCAGAAAAUGACAGCUCAAAUGCAGCAUUUGGCCAGAAACCUCCACGCUCACUCACAUUUGAUUAA